AACAGGAAAAUGAGGCUGAAGCUUAAGUCUGUAUACAUGUAUGCCACUGGAUUUUACGUAUAUUCUAUCUUUGACCUUCUGUUCUGGGAAACAAGACGGAAGGACUUCGGAGACGGCCGCCGUGGAGUCAUGAUGUCUCACCAUGUGGCAAUUGUUGUUCUGAUUGUUGUGUCCUAUAUUUGCAGAUUAUCUCGUCCUGGCUCGGUCAUUUUACCCCUCCAUGAUGCAAGUGAUAUAUUCCUAGAGAUCGGAAAGAUGGCCAAGUACAGUAGCUGUGAGUGGCUAGCUGUUGUAGCAUUUCUACUUUUUGUGGCUCCGUGGAUCCUUCUUUGGCUAAUAGUGUUUCCUUUCUGGAUUCUAAGAAGCACAAGUUAUGAAAUAGCUAUGAUCCUGGACAAGGAGAACAAAAAAAUCUACAGAACCUCAUACUACUAUCUUUUCAACACUCUCUUGUUUUCACUUCUAGUCUUUCACAUAUAUUGGUGGGUACUGAUUUACCGGAUGCUUGUCAAACAAAUUCAGUCUAGAGGUCAUGUUGGUGAGGAUGUUCGAUCCGAUUCUGAAGGCGAAAACAACCAUGAAGAUUAAGCUGAAGGUUGUUGGAUGCUUAACUGAAGAACUGUAUAGUUCGCAGUUGGGAAUGAGAAUGGUGCAAGCGGGUUGUAUAAAGAAUGAGAAUGUCAAGGAGGAGCUAGUUAGCAUAUCCAUUAGUAGGAAAUUCAGGCACA